AUGGUCUUGAUGGCUGCGUCGCGGCACCGCUCAUCUGGUGGAUCAGAUCUUGGUGAUUCUUGGGUGGUCAAUGACAGCGAUGAGGAUGAGUCGAGUCCAGAUGAAGACCCUCCUACCACGCCAGAAGAGCCUGCUAGACGUCAAAGGAACAGGUCGCAAAACCAUCGCAUCGUCACUCAAACCAGGCAGCCCCGGCGAUCUUCGCGCACAUCAUCUGCGGCACCUGAACCCGAGUUGGUUAUGCCAUCUAUACAUCAAGGUCAAGUCGAAGGGUCUUGGACCAGCACCAAGGAGCGCCCAGAAGCCGUCACUUCGCCUCGAAAGCGCAAUUCCAAAUUAGCGACUUCAUUUCCUGGGGAGGCCAGAAGUGAUCACAAAUCACGUCGCUCUAGCCAAGCACAGAUGCGGAAUGUCAAGAGCUCAAAAGACGCCGCUGUGGAUCAUCCGAGCGACAGAGUACUCUCUGUGCUUGGAUAUUCCGUAGACUGGUUCCUUGAUGUCUUUGGUGGAGCACUCAAAGCAUUACGAAAGCCGAUAUCGUUGGUUAUUGCGCUGUACUUGUUCGCUGGUCUUAUGGUGAUGGUGCAGAAUAUUCUGACUCGAUCCAUCUAUUCUGCUCUGUCGCCAGUUUGUCGUAUCCCCGGGAUGUCCUUGCUCGGCCUCCCAUUAUGCCGGACUCCGUUACCACAGGGCUAUCAGGAUACUCCGAAUGCGCCCGUCGAGUUUGAUCAGCUCAUGAAUGUCCAAGGCCAAUUUGAAGAGGUGCUUGAGGCAUCCACUGCAGGCAUAUCCCUCCCACUUGAUAUGAAGCGAGGCGAGACAUCGAUACGAGAUUUGAGGCAGAUUGUUCGCUUCAGCCAUUUAAAUUCGAAGCAGGAGAUGAUCCUGGAACUUGAUGGCUUCAUCGAAACUGCUCGGAUUGCAUCCUAUGACCUCCAGAAAUUCAAUUCUCAUGUUGGACGAGGCGUCGAUAACGUACUAGCUACAGCCCGCUGGACCCAAAAAGUCCUUGAUGAUAUUGCUAUCAAGAAAUCCAGCAGAGGUCUGCUGCCAGCAUUUGUCCAUGACAAAUUCCUCGCACCAUUUCAGCCGCUCAAAUUCACAGAAAACACACUUCUCAGUCAAUACAUCGAGCAUACGCGAAUCGUCUCUGAUGAGAUUGAGACUCUAAUUGCUGAGGCCCAGGCCCUCCUCUAUGUUCUGCAAAACCUUGAAGACCGUCUGGAUGUCAUUCACGGCAUCACUUUACGCGACAAUAUCCAUGCUCAAGGUCAGAAAGAUGAGAUUUUGUCUCAGCUAUGGACCUUGCUUGGAGGUAAUCGUGCUGCACUGGGCAAAUAUAACUCCCAACUAAAGCUAUUGCGCCAAGUUGGAGAGUACCGCAAAAUUGCUUGGGCGCAUGUUUCUGGUACGAUCAUAAGACUGCAAGCCAUGGGUGCUGAAUUGGAAGAGCUUAGAGAGCGUGUUGGUAGUGCUGAGCUCUUAGAAGGUCGCAAGGAGAUACCUUUAUCCGUCCAUUUGGAAAGCAUCAGACUCGGGGUGGAGAGAUUGGAAAAAGGACGAGAAGCAUCAAGAGAGCUUGAGCAAAGUCAUUUGAAUAGAGUGCUGGACCAUGGGGGCAAGGACAAAAAAAUGGAAAUACGUCUGGUAGAAGGAUGA